AUGUCCAAGCGCAGUGAUUCACAAGAAUCUACUUCUGAAAUGAGCAAGUCACAAUUUUCCUGUGUGGAGGAUCUCAACACAACCCAGGAGAAGUCACAUCCUUCACCACUCCAGCGCUUAAAAAAACAAUGGAAGGAGAUAAAAAAGGAGUGGGGACCUCUCAUGGCGGCUAAAGAGGACAUGGAUGACGAGUACACUUUUCCACCGGGUCGUUAUUAUGGGCAAAGAUAG